GGCGUAAGCUGAAAGCCUGUGAAGGGCUGACCCGCCUCAACGAUUGAAGUCCUGCGAUUCUCUCUUUUUCUCCUUCCGCGGUUUCUUCGUAUUCUCAACGUCUAUUUUGUUAAGUAUCUUUUUGGUCUCUCUUGAACCUCUGUUCCUUCUGCGCGCUCUCUCUCAUCUCGUUCGUUUGAUGUCUUCAAGAUGGCUUCCGCUACCCGCCUCCCCUUGAAAUCUAUCGCCUUCACCACAGCCCUCGUCGUGGCCGCGGGCUCCUCACGGAUCAACCUCCGUGCUCUUCUUACCAGCACCUUCACUGGCCCUGGGAGUUACUCACGCAUCGCGGCGCUCUUGGUCGUGGUCGCGAAUCUCAAGAAUGUGCCUUUUGCAUGGCAUUACCGAGUCUUCAAUGCCAUCCUCCGGCACUGCGUCUUCUGCAAACGCAUCAUCCCGCCGGAGCUCGCGCCCUCGACGCUCUUCCUCCCCGUCAUCACCAGCUCGCGCUCGCCGCUCUCCGAAUGCGACUACAACUUCCACAAGUCCAACUCGACGUACUUCUCGGACCUGGACGUGACGCGGUCGCACCUCGUGUGCUGCCUCCUGCAGCCGGGCAUCGCGCGCCUCCACCACAACGCCCAGGAGAAGCUCGUCCUCGACGCCCAGGGCAAUCCCGUCCUCGGCCGCUGGGGCAUCAUGCUCGGCGGCGUGCAGUGCAGCUUCAAGCGCGAGAUUGGCAUCUACGAGCCCUUCGAGAUGUGGACGCGCAUGCUGUGCUGGGACCGCAAGUGGCUGUACGUCGUCACCCAUUUCGUGAAGAAGGGCACCGUGCGCCCGCGCUCCUACAUCCUCACCGACGGCAGCUGGUUCGGCUCCAAGCCUUACGAUGUCAAGGGCGACGGUAAGGCCGCCCCGGAGGAGGAGGACGUCGACGAGAAGAACAUCUUCGCGAGCGCCGUCUCCAAGUACGUUGUCAAGCUGGGUCGCCUCACAGUCCACCCGGAAGUCCUCCUCGCUGCGUCCGGCAUGCUGCCCGAGCGGCCCGGCGGCUGGGCUACCAUGAACGGUAACAGCGGCGACUCAACCCCCGAGAUCGUCGAAGCUGGCGCAGAUGCUGAUGCCGAUGCCGCCCCAGCGUCGUCCGGCGACGAGUGGGAUUGGAAGCGCAUUGUGGCGCAGAACGAGAGGGGGCUGAAGUUCGCAGAGCACCUAGCGGCGCUGGACGGCCUGCAUCAUGAAUUUUCGGGGAGCAAGGCGCCUGCGCUGGGCAGGUAUCGAGAUUUCAUAUUUUAGAUUAUGCUUUAGAAUGGUCGCGAGACCAGAAGGGGACCGGAGGAGGGGUUUCUUGUGUGUUGUACGACCUUUCUUUUAAUAGAAGUUCCGCUGUCCGUAUACUGAUAUCUUAGAUUUUGGAAAGACGAUAGAUAAUAGAUGGCUGGCGCUUUGAAAUGAGAAACUGGAUCGCAGAGAGCGUGAGCGGAAUAGUGGGAGAGGGCGCUGAGAAUCAACAGACGUGUUCCUUGCUUGCUUCUUUCAUCUCCUUCCUGUCCAAAUGAAUCCUAUACCUAUACCUAUAAAUCCAUACCUAUCCUUCCCUC